AUGUCAAAGCGGAUCAGCUCUUGGUUUAAGAAAGGCUCAAAGCGAUCCACGAGUGACAGUGAAUCGUCGGACGACGUGUUGGCAGCCAAUGUCGGCUCGAUCGCUGGUGAUAAUGAAUUACUGUACGCGUCGCCCGCUGUGAUGGAGUCUGUGAAACACAGCAAGAAUAGUGCCAAUGGCAACAACAGGAUUGAGUUUUAUUCCAAAGACCUGCCGUUCUUCUGGCUCAACAAUGCAUCGCCCCAUCCCGUUGUGGUCGAUGGCAUCCGGUAUCCCACGGCUGAGCAUCUUUUCCAGGCCCAAAAAUUCAUCGACAGUCGCCCCGACAUUGCCACCAAAAUUCGCAAAGCCUCGAACCCGGUAGAGGCCAUUCAUAUUGCGCGCACAUUCGCCAAGGAAGUGCGUCCCGACUGGAUUAGAGAUGGCGUCAAUGUCACGACUAUGCGCAUGGUCUUGUUGACCAAGUUUAUGCAAUAUUCUGAUCUGCGUCUGGCCCUUCUCGAAACAGGUGAUGCCGAAAUUGUGCAUGCUAGUCCAAAUGACGCCUUUUGGGGUUCAGCAGCGAUGUCAGACUCGAUCGGACGCGGCCGAAAUGUUCUCGGUCGCACGAUCAUGCAGACUCGCGAACUGAUGCGCGUAGCAGCGGGCGUUGGAGCCAACAGUGGCACUCAAACAGUCUAA